UGUUCGGUGAAUUCAACUGUCCUUCGAGAAUUUUCGCCGUGUUUAGCGGGGAACUGAAACUCAAAUAAAUCUCGACAUUGCGGCACCGACAAACCAUGUGCAAAAUGUAUUGCAAGCGGCUCAUUCUCCUAUUAUUGGUUCUUGCCACCGUAGGCGCGCAGUACGUGGAGUACCGAUUUCAAUGCAAUUCCAACGAAGUACGUCUGUACGAAGUGCCUCGCCUCGACCGCUUCUGCAAGCCUUGGCUCGCUUUGGCCACUGAGUUGUACAAGCAUCGCUGGUGCCUCUGCAAAGAAGGAUACGUUCGCAACGCCUGGGGCCACUGCAUCUCCCACCGUGAGUGCAACAGCUGCGCCAGCGAGCGUCACUCGGACUUCAACGGCUGCUCAUCGGCAUGUCCGCUGGUCUGUGGUAAACCCGAACCCCAGGUCUGUACGAGACAGUGCGUGGUUGGCUGCGCCUGCGCACCUGGAUACAUACUUGACCCCUGGGGCAAGAAACCGUGCGUUCCUGUAGCCGGGUGCCCGCCACAGUGUCCGCGUUACUCCAAUUUCCAGCUGUGCACGUCCAACUGUGCGCCCACGUGUAACGGACCUCGACAGGACAUUUGUGAGAUGACUUGCGGCAACGGUAAAUGCGUAUGCUGGCCCGGUUUCUCCGAAGUGUUCUGGAAGGGCAAGAAGCACUGUGUUCCACCAAACCAGUGCCCCAGGAUGCAAUAAACAUUGUGUUGACAAAGGCAAAA